AAGUCUCGUUUGUAGUACUGUCGUUGAGAUAGAGGUUAAGACUACCGCUUACAAAAAAUGGCGGGCAAAUCAAGCCAAAUAAAUUACUACGAGAUUCUUGGAGUAACCCGAGAAAGUAAUGAAAAGGAGAUAAUCAAAAGCUAUAGAAAAAAAGCAUUGCUCUGUCAUCCUGACAAAAAUCCUGAUAAUCCUAAAGCAGCUGAUUUAUUCCAUGAGCUAUCAGAAGCUCUAAAAGUUCUUACAGACAAAAAAGCCAAGGCAGCUUAUGAUGCUGUUCUAAAGGCAAAAGAGCUUGCUAGGUUGAGGACUCAGGCACUAGAUGCUAAGAGGAAAAAAUUUAAGCAAGAUCUUGAGGCAAGAGAGGCAUCCGCCAGCCAAGAAAAAGAAGAUGGUGCUAAGGCAAAACACGAUUUGGAAGAAGAGAUAAGACGGCUCAGAGAAGAAGGCUCAAAGCUGCUAAAGGAAGAGCAGGAAUUUAUAAGAACUCAACUUGCAAAGGAAAGGAAAGAAAAGAUAGAAGAAAACAUUACUCCCAAAUUGAAGGUAAAAUGGAAGGUCUACAAAGGAGAUCAUGAUAAUGGUGGAUACAAUGAAGUAGUUCUUCGCGAUCUUUUCGAAAAGUAUGGCAAUGUAAUCGAUGUUCUAAUCUCGGCAAAGAAAAAUGGACUGGGCAUAAUUGAAUUUCAAAAAUCUUCGCAAGCGCUUAUUGCUAUGGAGUUUGAGCAUGGUUUUACGGAAAAUCCUUUGAAAAUAUCCUGGCUCCAAGGCGAAAAAAAGACAGUGAAUAAAGAACAAAAAAGCAAUGCAGAAAUGGGAGCCCGUGUUAAGCAGACAGCCACUACAUUCAAGGGUUUUACACGACCUAUCAACAAUCCUGAAGAAAGUGGUGUGGAAGAUUUUGAAAGUAUGGUUCUGAUGAGGAUGAAAAUGGCCCAAAAGAAUAAAGAUAAAGCGAAGAAUACUGCGCCUUAAUUGACCCAGCACACCUGGCUGUGAAAGGUAUUCAGCAAUAAUUGGGAAGAGCUUGACGCGAAGGAGAACACAACGUUCUAAAAAAAGAAGCGGAGAGAGGUGCGGCUAGCAUUCCCGAAAAAAGGCUUGCCAAGGCCUCUUAUUAGAAAAAAAAAUGACCCUCUAACCUCCAAGUAGCAUGGCAGGAUUAGCUUUGGAAGGACAAGAGAUAUCCUAGUCUCUAUCUCAAGAUGAAAUGGUGCGCCAUGGCAGGGGUUCUUGUUGUGAGAAAUUGUUAUUUCCAUGCAAUUGUUUACAAAACAUUCAAACUCGCGUUCCUGUGACAAUCACUACGAAAGGAAACCCUCUACCCCAAUUUCUAUUUCAAUGCAGACAACUAAAGAACGCCUGUUGAGGCGUAGCCUUUCAUUCUUGUUAAGAGCUUAUUCUAAGAAAUUUCUUUAGCUCCACAAAUCAUCAUAAUAUAAUACGUCUUUCACCCUUUAAAGCCAGGUUUCUAUCAGAGCAAAUGCAGACCAAUCCAGUCAAUACUUUUAUUGUAGUAGAACAGCUUGUUACUGGUGUUGGUAGGGCCACCAAGAGGUAUCAGAGACUGCAGUGCAAAACCAAAAGUGGUUGCGACCAAAGCGAGCAGAAUAUUUUUGCAACCACACCCUUUAAAUCAGCUUGAAAUACAUUUAAGAAUGUUUCUUGCAGUAACUUUCUUGUAAUUGUUUAAAAAGUUUUACUAUUUUGGGCGUAUUUUGUUACGUUUAGUCUGGGUACCCUGGGUAAGUCUGGGUAAAUCUGUUAGAACAUGAAUCAUGCAAAUUGUUCAAACCAUGCAAAUUGUUAUGUCAGCAUUGAAAUGUGUACACUGGGUUAAUUUGACACGCUGAUGACGAUGCCGAAGAGACACAAGUUGAAAAAUAGUCCUAAAUGUUAUUUUUGGACUGGGGUACUUGAGACAAGUCCUCGAAUUUAGACAAAUACCCCCAUCUGCGAUUACUGAUUUUGAAAAAAAUAUCAUAAUUUUAUUAUGACUUAUGUGAAUUAUCGUGCAGUGAAAUAUUUCAAGAGGAAAUUAGAUAAAAAUUACUCUUUGAUGAUUUUAUUAGCAUAUGGUACUGGUG